AUGAGAACUACUAUGAGAAACAAAGGAAUAGGGAAAACGGAUCCCCCUAACGUUGACGACCCACGCAAACGAAAGAAGGACAAUGAUUUGCGGAACUGCACCUGGAAUGUCCACACUCUCUAUAGCGAAGGUGCAGUAAACUCGCUGGAGGAUGUACUAGAGAAGUACAAGGCAGAUAUUACCGUCUUACAGGAAAUUGGUUAUCUUGAUGUUGUUAUACCACCUGAUUUCGUUAGUGAAGAUACCUCCUCUGACGUCAUAGUGCCCGAAGGUAGUGCAGUGAGACUAACAUGUCGAGCUCGCGGUUAUCCAGAACCCAUAGUCACAUGGCGCCGUGAAGAUGGCAAUGAAAUUGUACUCAAAGACAGUGUGGGCACCAAAACUUUAGUGUCCUCUUAUCGGGGUGAGGUUUUGAAACUGGCAAAAAUUUCUCGCAACGAAAUGGGUUCAUAUCUCUGCAUAGCAUCAAACGGUGUACCACCAUCGGUUUCCAAAAGGAUAUCCCUAAGUAUACACUUUCAUCCAGUCAUUCAAGUACCAAAUCAAUUAGUCGGUGCACCACUUGGCACUGAUGUUCAAAUUGAAUGUCACGUAGAGGCAUUCCCCAAAUCAAUUAACUACUGGAUUAAGGACACGGGUGAGAUGAUAGUGUCAUCGUUGAAAUAUCACGUACAGGAAGCAUCAAAAUCAAUGUAUGAAACUAAAAUGACACUCAUUGUGAGGAAAUUCCUAAAGGACGAUGUUGGCUCAUAUCGCUGUAUUGCCAAAAAUUCACUGGGCGAAGUGGAUAGCAGCAUUCGAUUGUAUGAAAUCCCUGGACCAAGUCGUAAAACACCGGUUAAUAAACAUGGUGGAAGUAAUACCGAUGCCGACACCAAUGACAUUUUAAAGCAAAAACAAUUACGCGUCACAUAUCAACCCGAUGAUGAAGAUCUUUAUGGCUCUGCAGAGGAUUUUGAUGACAGCGAUUUACCUCUACCACCAUUAACACCAAAUGUCUACUACACCUCAGCGAAUGGAGGCGGUGGUGGUGGUGGUGGUGCAGGCGGCUCCACCAAUGGAGAUGCCAAUGGUCCGGGCUCAAGUUCGGCGGGCAAUUCGGUCAACGCCAACCAUAAACAUCCCACACAUAAACCUGGCGGAGAGGGAACUAGUGGCGGUGGUGGUCGCCACCACUACAACACCAUGGGUAACUCUUUUGAAUAUGGCCUCGCAACGGGUGCUAAUGGUGGUGGAACGGGAGCUGGUGGAGGCCUUAAUGGUUUACCCGGUGUUAUUGGCAGCAGCAAUGCUGUUACCCGUAAGCCCAUAUUUUAUGGCAAAACGGAUGUACGCGGCGGCGCUGGCAGCAUUGGCACUAUGGACAAUAAUGACAUCACCUCCAAGGCUUCAUCGAACAUUUUGCGAAAAAUGUCCUCCAUGGUCGUUACCCCCACGUUUAAUCACAACUACAACAACGUUUUUCUGCAAUUUAUUAUAAUACACAACAAACACACGGGAGCCACAGCAAUGGCAACGGCAACGGCAUCAGUGGCAAUAAGUAGCACAAAGACAAAUGCAACAACAACAACAGCAGAUGCUGCAGCAGCAGCCGAGGACCUUACGUGGAACGUCAAGUCAACGGUUUUAAGAAAUGGCAAAAUGGAAAUCGAUGAAGUUUAUCAACAAGAAGUUCAGCUUGAAACGGAUUCUUAA